AGCUGGAGAAACCUGACAGUAUUAUCUGUCCAGCAGAGCACAAAGGGAAAAGUCUGCUAGCAGCAUGGAAGGCAAGGCUUGCUACUUGUAUAAACCCAAGGUUGAGCUUCACGUUCAUCUCGAUGGAAGCUUCAAACCAGAGACAAUCAUCCAUUUUGCCAAGAAGAGACAGAUCAAGAUCCCAGCGGACACGGUGGAGGAACUCCUUAAGAUCAUAUCAUACGAUGAACCUCUAAGCCUCACAGAAUUUCUGGCCAAAUUUAACCAUUACAUGCCUGCCAUAGCUGGUGACAGAGAAGCCAUUAAGAGGGUGGCCUAUGAAUUUGUGGAAAUGAAAGCCAAGGAAGGGGUGGUGUAUGUGGAGGUCAGAUACAGCCCUCACCUUUUGGCCAACUGCAAAGUAGACCCAAUCCAAUGGGGCCAGAAAGAGGGGGACAUCACUCCGGAUGAUGUGGUUAAUCUUGUUAACCAAGGAUUACGGGAAGGAGAAAAAGCCUUCAACAUCAAAGCCAGGUCUAUUCUAUGCUGCAUGCGGCACAUGCCAAACUGGUCCUUAGAGGUGGUGGAACUAUGUAAGAAGUAUCGGAAUGACACGGUAGUAGCAAUCGAUCUGGCUGGGGAUGAAUCUCUGAACCUUGCGGCAGCUCCAGGGCACAGGAUGGCAUAUGAGGAAGCUGUAAGAUGUGGAAUUCACAGGACGGUCCAUGCAGGAGAAGUUGGGCCCCCAAGUGUUGUCAAGGAGGCUGUGGAGGUGCUAAAGGCAGAAAGGAUUGGACAUGGAUACCACACCAUAGAGGACCCGCACCUAUACAAGGAGCUACUGAAUAAGAAGAUGCAUUUUGAGACUUGUCCAUGGUCCAGUUACCUCACCGGUGCCUGUGACCCCGACUUUACCAAACAUCCUGUGAUACAAUUUAUGAAGGACAAAGCAAACUACUCCCUGAGCACAGACGGCCCAUUGAUCUUGAGAUCCACUUUGGAUGUGGAUUAUAGUAUCGCAGCUAAACACAUGGGGUUCACAGAAGAAGAGUUUAAGCGAGUGAACAUUAAUGCGGCAAUGUCCAGUUUUCUACCGGAGAAAGAAAAGAAAGAACUUGUCUACCGAUUAUAUGAAGCCUAUGACUUGGAUGGGACUAAAGAUUUUUGAGCAGAAUGUUCACCUCUAGGCACAAUGGAUAUUCAUAGAACUGCCUAAAAGAAAAAAGAAAAAUGCCUUGUUGUCUAAAGUAACCAAUCACAGCAAAGCUUUCAUCUCUUGCAAUACGAAAGCUGCACUCUGAUUGGUUGGUUUUUCUUGGUGGAUUCACAUGUAGCAUAUUUUGUUGCAGAAGUUUCUGAAUCCACCCUUGGACCUUUCUAAUCUGCCCCAAAAUGUCUAAAACAUGUUCUCCAGCACUUUAACACAUUGAUGGCCUUUUUGAUUGGCCACCAAUGUUUGAUUCAUAGGAAAUACUCACCCCCUGCCAGUAAGCUCAGGCACAUUGACUAUAGCUUGUUUUAUAUCGCUAUACGUGUGCUGAUCAGAGGGUUCGAAGGUCACAGUCAGACAAUCCAAUGUUUGUUAAGAAUCUAGGAGAACCCUUUUUGCCUGUUCCCAACAUUUAAUGUACAUGUAAAUUUAAACUGAAAAGGGAGUAGUUGAGCCUUCUCCAUACAGUACUAGUGCCAGCUUGUAUAGAAUACUAAUCCUGGUCAAUAAACCCCCAAAACGAUAGGAACAAUGCAAUGUUGAGGUGCCUAGUGGUGAAGAUGUCAGCCAGGGUUGUAGUAAAGGCUGCCAUACCCCUUAUCUUAAAAAAAAAUAAAAAUAAUUGGUCAAAAAAUUUGUAAAAAAAAAAAAAUUACAAAUUCUCUCUAUAAAAACAUGAAUUGAAAAAAUGGUAUAUAAAAAAAAAAUAUACAGGUAACCCUGCAAAAGAUGAACCCUUACAGCUCCAUAGAUGAAAAAAAUGAAGUUAAAAGGAUAUAUUUAAAUGUACCUGUCAUUUACAUUAAAGGGGUACUCUGGUGCUCCAGUGUUCUGAACAUUUUGUUCAUAACGUUCGGAGCCAGAGACCGUGAUAGUGACGUCACGGCCACGCCCCCUUGUGGUGUCACACCACACCCCCUCCA